AUGUUACUUUCCAAACGCAAGCCACACAGAAAACGAUCCUCCACCGGAUGUCGCACCUGCCGGUUGCGUCGCAUCAAAUGUGAUGAAGCGCCCGAUGCCUGCACCAACUGCGUGUCCACAGGUCGUACCUGCGAUGGAUACGAAGCCCACCGGCUUCCCCGAGCGUGUGGUCCUCAAUCCAAACAAUUGAAACGGACGGUAGCUGUAGCACACCCAGCACUCACUCAGGUAGCAUUCGGGCUGCAGUGGGCCGUGACCUCGGACGAGGGUCGAUGUCUGUCUUUCUUCCAGCAUCAAUCCGUGCAGAACAUGGUUGGGUUCUAUGAUUCGUCGCUUUGGCACCGUCUUAUCCUCCGUUUGAGUUACACAGAACCGGCUGUAUAUCAUGCUGCCAUCGCCUUGGGGGCCAUCAAUAAUGCCCAAGACAAGAACAAGGUUUUGCGACCAGGCCAGAAGUUGCAGAGCAUCUGGUACUGGUUCGGACUGGAGCAGGCGGGACGCUCGAUCUCCCUCUUGAACAAACGACACUUUUCGCAGGAUCCUCAAUUUCAGGAGGUGGUGCUAGUCUGCUGUUUGUUAUUCAUCGCCUGCGAGAUGCUCUGCGGUAACUAUGACAACGCAUGUGCACAUGUCCAGGGCGGUCUGCAGGUUUUGCAGAAGCUGAACAUACGAAGAAAGAUCUCGGGUGAAUUUAUUUCACCCGUGGAUUCAUGCAUAGUAGAGACCUUCCUGCAGCUCCAGGCGCAAUCCGUCUUCUACGGGACUGGCGUGCACUUCCAUGUUGACAAUGACCUGGUAUCCGAACACCCGUACGAGGACUACCUGGGCACAUUUCAGCGUUUGCAGGAUGCAAGACGAGUUUGUGACCCACUCUUGAACACUGGAUGGCCUUUCGCGGCACGCAGCUGGAAACUGUCAGAAGCCGAGAUCAUGGCUGACUAUGCCAUGUUGCAUCAAGAACAGCUCUUUCUCCUCUCUUCCAUGAGCCGAUUCCUGAGCCGAUUAGACUGGCUGACGCGUCAGUCAUAUAGCCAGUUGAGCGAGAAAGAACAGCGCGAGACAGACAUGACCACAGUAAACUGCUUCGCCUUGAACUUCGCACUCAAGUCUUCUCUUCUGAGCAGAAACACACCCUUGUCCCCUGAACUUGCCCAGGAAAGCGAGGAUCUGGUUUCUCUGACCGAGUCUGCGAUCCAGAAGCUUCGGGAGCAUCCAAUCAUCACUUUGGACAGCCCCAUCGUUCCAGCGUUGUACAAUGCAGCAGCAAAAACCCCAAACUAUUCCGUUCGGGUAAAGGCAAUAGCUCUGAUGAGGGUAUGGCAGCAUGUAGAGGGAUUCGCAAACACUGCUUUAGUCGCUGACAUACUCGAGGAAGGUCUCAAGAUCGCCUUGAGGAAAUUGAGACGAGAGAUGAUCGCGACGUCCCGUGCAUUGCCUGCCGGCUUGAUGUUCGUCCCCGCCACAGAUGGACAGACCUUUGUACGUAUAGGGUACAAGAUGUUUGGUGCUGAGCACGAACAGUGGCUAAGCCUCGAAAAGAGUCCCGCUCUCUUCGAUGCUCUACCGUUCAUACAAUCUGCCAGUCAAUGGUCUUGUUUGCGAUCACUUGGGAUUGUCAAAAGUGCUGGGGCAUAG